ACCAGUCUACCACCGUCGUCAGUUGUUUUUUAGUGGUAGGGAAACUCGGUUGUGCGAGGUCAAGUUCGUCGUCUGCAAAUACGACCAUACCAGUUCGUCCACGGAAAAAGUUAAUUUCGCGAAUAAAAACAAUACUCUAUUGACAACAUGUCAUUGUUCGUGAAAUAUUUAAAAAGUUUAAGAAAGGAAAAAGUUUGAAUACUUGUAGAAUAUGAUGUUUGAAAAAAGUUUCAAUAUGACAAGACUGAAUUCAACUGUUGAUAUGCUACUAAAGGAGCCUCGUGUAGACAACAACAAAUAUCAAGGUGAUGAAGGGCAAAUCUACGAAGUCGACGGCAAAGGCAGCUUGGUGCUGCAGCAACAGUGGGCGACUUUGACUGCCAGCAUGUUCCCAGAGCCCACCACGGCCUCAACCAGAGGCUGGAAGAUAUCUUCCGAGCGAUUGCCGAUUCUAGCUGCUGUCUUUUGCGGAGCUGCCUUAGUUGUUUGUCUGUUCUGCGCUUUUUUUCUCUACCGUUGCUGUGUCAUGCCGCGGAGGGACAAAAAUUUCAGUAUGCGUCAUCUGGAUGGUACUUCCACAGGAACGCAAGUCCCUGCAGUAGUUUCCCCGGCAUACCCUACUCAGUCUGCAGUAUUCGCUGAACAAAAAGGAUGCUCCUGGGGAUAUAGUAACCGACUAGUUGCUCAUACACAACCUAGUCCCUGGUACGUUUCCAGGGUGAUUGGUGGUCCUCAAUGUACUCAAUGCCCGGGUGUAUGCCCGGUGCCCAGAAGUUCCAGCAAUCCUGGACCAUCAUCAAAUAAUAUGCCCACACAUAGUUCAUUAAAAAAACAGAGGCCACUGAGUCAACCAGUGGCCACCAACGUUAGUGAUGAGAUUGUUCCAAAGACUCAGUUACCAGAUAUAUCAGAAUUUUCACCAAGUAGUCCUCAGUACGCUUCUAGCAGUAUUUUAGAUGAAGUUGGAACCAAAGAUGAAAAAUGUAGCGGCGAACCAACUUUGAAAACUCGAAGUUUACCGGCUUGGGUCAGAUCGAAACCCAGGCCUCUUUCAACAGAAGAUGAUAUUAAUGAUCUGUAUGCUAAGGUAAACUUUAGUAAGAAGCGGAAAAAUAGGAUGAGGAACGACGAAGCUGCCAUAAUAGCGUUAAGCAAGUCUAGAAGUCAAUUUUUACACAAAGACACCGAUUCCUUAGUGGACAACGAAGCAGUCAUAGUUUAUGACGAACGCACAGCUUUAUAAAUCUUCUUCUCUCUCAUGUAUGUUAUGUAACGGAAACUUAUUCUCAAAGUCCUAUCAAGAAUAGUUACUUUUAGAGGUAGAAAAACUGUUAGUAACGUUUUAUAUACUGACCUAGUCAUCUUUUUUGUAAUAUGAUCAGAAUAACGGGUUUUAUAAAACUGAGCUUUGUAUAAAUCGUUUAGAUGUAAGUAGGUUUUUAUACUUUUAGGCAGAAACCACAGAUUACCGCAUAUUAAUUAAUUUAUUUAUAUAUAAAAUACUAUUUUAUACUAAUUUAAAACACGUAUUUUAAAAACACUACAAUACGUUUCUACAUGAUCAUCCAGCCUCAAAAGACCACUGCUAAACAUAAGCUUCUUCCGCAUGUUUCCAAUCCGGUCUAUCAUACGCCGCUCUCAUCCAGUUUUUAUUUAGCUUUCUUAAAUCGUCAGUCCAUCGUGUAGGUGAUCUAUCGACACUUCUUUUGGCUUCCAUUGGUCUCCAUUCCAAUAACCUUUGUCCAUCGCCCAUCCGUCAUUCUGUCUAUGUAUCCUGCCCAUCUCCACUUUAGUCUGGCUAUUCUUCCGAUGAGGUUAGUCACCAUGGUUCUUCUCCUGAUCUCUCCUUUUCUUAUUCUGUCUCGCAGAGUUAUUCCUAACAUGGACCGUUUCUACAGUCUAUCGUUUAAAAAUAGUUUUUCCGUCGACCGUCCAUUUAUGAUCAAUUUUAACACCCUCAAAAUCAUUGAUUAAUGACCCAUAUUAAUGAAUGAUUUUCUAUUAAUGAACGAUUUCAUUAUAGGCAACACAACAUACAUUGCUUGCAUAAAUUAAUUAAACGCUCUGUGACUGGCAGUGACCUGUGGUGUAGGCAACCAAACAUAUACCUAUUUAUAUUCCCACUAAAAAAUUUAAAAUCAAGUAGCCGCUGUUAGUACUAUCUGUCAUUGUAUGUCAUUAUUUACUUUAUUGUUUAAAAUUCUGUAUAUUUGAAAAAUCAAAAGAUGGAUAUAUCUUUAUUUCUGAAAAGUACGGUCGACGGAAAAGUUUUGUAACGAACUCGUGAAUUAAAAUGGCGAUUAACAAUCUCGAACAUUAACGCGCUCGUUCCGAUCACUCGUUAAAAUAUCUCAAUUCUUAAUCACCCUUAUUAAUACACUUGUUGGUUAAAUAACUAUUAAAGGUUUAAGAUAUACCUAUAGUACAAGGUUAGUUCAAAUAAUCCUAUAACUUGCUAUAAUGGAAGUGGGACAACACUGUCUACACGUGUGUUUGUUUAGUUCACUUUUUCUCCGCUAAUACAGUGCUGCUACUUUUCCUUCUCAAACUUUCAAAUUAUUAUUUGGAUCGGUACUCACCGCAGGGAUCUCAGACGUUCGGAUACAAUUAAUGUCUCUUUGUGAAGACAAUGAAGUCGACUUUACUAAGUAACAAGACAUUUACUUAACAUUCACACUACACCUUAGGGAGCGUUUAAAUAUUACGUAACGCGAUUUUUAAUGAUUUUUAACCCCCCCCCCCUUCGUAACGCACUCUUAUGGGAGUUUAACUAUUGCGUAAGGCAAUUUUUGAAGAUUUUUGACCCCCCCACCUGCGUUACGUAAUACUUGAACGGUCCCUUACAUCUGAUUGAAAAAUCAACCGUACCAUGCAUGCCAAUGGCCUUAGUUGUCGUGACAUUUAAGCCAAAUUGAAAAAAAAAUUAUUUGUUAUUACUUUAUAUAGUAUUUUUUAAUUUAUUAAUUUCCAUAGAUUGUAAUAAAGAUAAUAGAUUAAGGCCUUUAUUUUGAACAUGGAGACUUUGCAAUUGGUUCUUAAAGGAAUGAUUAUGUUACAUAAUCAUAUUAAAUUUACAAUAGAAAAAGAACAAAAUCAAUCCAUAAAUUUUCUAGAUUUAAAAAUUAUGAGACUUGAAAACAAACAUGCAGUUGAAAAAAGCUACUUAAACAGUAGUGUAUAUAAACUUACAUGUGGUGAUUGCCCCAAAACAUACAUCGGAUAAACUGGUAGAACCUAUAACAAACGUAUAGAAGAACUCAAAAGGGCUUUGAAAAAUAGAAAAACAUAUUCUACGUGCGCACUUCACCUUCUAGAUCACAAUCAUUCUUUUAAUGACCAAUUUUAAAUUGUCCAUAUUCAAAAUAAACAGCUCUUUCCUCCUCAACUUAUUCAGUUAAAGGCUAUAAAGUGUAGAAGCAUAGCAGAAAUAAAUUGCAUAUAAAAGUACACACAAAAGUCUGGUAAUUGAACUCAUUUUUACCAUAGCUUCGUAGGUAUGUAUCUGAAACGUGUACCCUGAAGAAAGUACCAAGAUAAGAACAAAAUGAGGCUUUUGAUAUGUGGGUAUAGAACCACAUGCUGAGAAUAUCAUGGGUUGAACAUCGAAAAAAUGUAUUCAUAAUAGAAAAACUCAAUAUAAAAGAUAGAUUGCUUAAACAAAUACAACAUAGCCCACAUAACAAUUUCAUGUUCUUAGUAGAUUCAUAGAACAUACUUUUCAGAAAAAGUAUAUGCUGAGAAUAUGCAUAAUUACCAUUACGAAUGUACAGAGCAGAUGCUGAGUAUAUACUACAUUACAGUACUUAAACGUUCUAUUUAUAUACUUAAAAUGUACUACCGCACUUCUUUUUAGUAUAUACCAAGAAUAUACUUUUUAGAAUAUUCCAAGGAAGUGCUAUAAACCUUCUAUUUAUCUUAGAAUAUACUACCGCACAUAUUUUUAGUAUAAAGGAGGAAUAUACUUUUAAGGAUAUUCCAAGCAAGUGCUAUAUUGCUCAGAAGUAUGUUUUCAGCAUCACCUGAUCUCAUCCUAGGUUCUACAAACUAUCAUAUUUACAUAUUCAAAUUUUAUACGAGAAUGUAGUUAGUAGGUACAUUUUACAAUAUUACUUAAAAGUAAGUAGGUAGUCGGUUCGCUAAACUCAGACACAACUGGCUAGUGAUUUUAGUAAGUAAUUUUGCCAAUUUGGUAAAAUUGGCAAAAAAAUAAUAGUAAGUAACCAGAGAAGGUUCCCAUUGUUUUCAUUCUGGUGGGAUGUAGAAUGGCAUUAUGUUGUUUUAUAUGCCAUUAGAGUGAAAACUUAGACUAAUUACUAAAUAGUUCAUAAUUACUAAAUAGUUAGUAAUUUUGCCAAUUUUGGAAGUUAUACUUAUUUAGGCGCGAUUGAGAGUGAAUAUUUAUUAUUCUGCGCGCAUGCGCAUACAGACAGUACGGACUUGUUGCUAAAUCUUUCUAUUUAUGUAGAUAUGUAUCAGCGCAAAUAAGGUGCAAAACGAAUAUAUUAGUGUUUUUAGUAAAUAUAUUUAUUAUAAUUUUUGUGUCUUUGGAUUUGUCUUCCUCAGGAGUAAGAUAAUAAGUAUUAUUAAAACAUUUUUAUUUUGUAUUUCACUUGAUCUAUUUGUCACCGUGAUUGUAAUUAUGUCCGAGAAGCGAUGUAUACAGAGCCGUGGUAGGUCAUUGGUAGAGGAUUCAUAUUCCGGACAAUUCAUAUUCCUUUUUUUUAAUCUUUGGUAUUGUUUUAAUAAAAAACUUUUGAAAGUGGUAAGUAUUAAAAUUAGUAUAAUAUUUAAAUAAAAUACAAAUAAACUAUUUAAAGUAUAUUUAAUUUACUAUUUUAAACUAUUUAAAGUAUAUUUAUUUCUUUGAAAUCAUAUAAUAGAAGUAUAUCUUCUUACUUUCGUACAAAGUACACACACAUUCUUUUUUAAAUAUAAAUGAUUAAUUAAUAUGUGGUGAUCCAAACUCUAAGAAACGUUAUCGAAUGAAACUCAUUUGCGAAAUCCAACAUAUCGUAACAAUGUAAGACUUAUAAUUGACAAAUAAAAUUGUUAGGGGGUAGACUUACUAUAGGAGUUUUAAUUGAUUUCUGAAGUACUUGUAAACUUUUAGAUGAUAUGUAAACAAGUAUAUUAUAUAAUAGAAUUAAUCACAUUCAUAGAUAGUUUAAGGCAAGUGAAUGAUGUUAAGAGAGUGAGUGAGGCAAUUGAGAGAGCUAUAAACAUUAUUUUUCAGUUUGAGCGAAAGAUUUUGUACUGCUUCUGCUUUCACUAGUGUACAACGUGUAAUUGACUCUUUUUAGUUUUCAACGUAGAAUGAAGUAAACACUUCUGUUGUAUAUAGGUAUAUUAUAAAUUUAUUAAAAAAUUUUUUUUAUUUAAAAUUCAUCCACAAGGGAGUGGUUGUACAAAACGUUUUCGGUCAAACUGACCAUCCUCAGUGUAAACCUGGAAAUAAGUGAACCAGUCAAGUGGCUAGUUUCAAUUACUUGUACACUGGACGUAAGUAACCACAUUUUCUUUUUUUCAACUGUCAAAAUUUCACCCUUUUGCAUUUCUAUCUAAGUGGUUCACUUAUUUCCAGGUUUACACUGAGGAUGGUCAGUUUGACCGAAAACGUUUUGUACAACCACUCCCUUGUGGAUGAAUUUUAAAUAAAAAAAAUUUUUUAAUAAAUUUAUAAUAUACCUAUAUACAACAGAAGUGUUUACUUCAUUCUACGUUGUCUUAACAAAGGUAUACAGCCAACUACAGGGUUUACCCUUUUAAAGUUUUCUUUUUAGUUUUGUUACACUGGAAAGUUUUUUCGGUAAGUUUUGUUCCAGAAACUGUUAACUAGCAAAGAAAGGUAACAACUCUGGAUCUUUUAUCGAUUCUUCUGAUCUUUAUAUGUACAAUUUUAGAGAUUAUCUGAAUAUUUAAACAAACUAAUGGCAUUUUUGGAUAAUCUAAGACAAGUGCAGGACGUCAUUGAAGUAAAUUAGACGAUUGACUGAACUAUAAAGAUCGUGUUUCAUUUUGAGUAACAAUUUUUAACUGCAUUUGCUUCAGAAAAUUCUUGGUUUACUUUUCUCCAGUUUUGUUACACACGAUACAUUUUUCGGGAAGUUUUCUCACAUAAACUGUUAACUAGCAAAGAAAAGCAACAACUGUUGAGCUUUUAUCGAUUCUUCUGCUGUGGACUGUAUUAUAAAGAUUGUGCUUCAGUUUGAGCAAAGCUUUUUAAGUGAUUUUGCUUCCAAAAAUGUUUAUUUUACGCUUACUUCAGUUUUGUUGCACUGGAAACUCUUCGAAAAAUACUCUGGUAACUAGCGAAGAUAAGUGACAACUGUGGUGCUUUUAUCAAUGCUCCUGAUGCUUUCCUACUAUAACUUUUGUUCUAUAAAGAUUUUAUAUGUAUAGAAACCUAAUGUAAUACUGUAACUGCACUGUUUAAGUUAAAACUCCUAUAGUUCUGGAAUAUCCUCAACAUAUUUUCGUUAAAAUAAUUUAUUGUAGUACUUAAGAAAAAAUAAAAACAUUGCUAUUAAAUAAAA